GGGGCGGAGUUUUGUUGUUACAAUGUAGGCGCUCCACUAACACAUUGACAUAACACACACAUCACAGAUAAAAGUGCCCGCAUUGCUCGCCGUUGUCGCUCUUUUUGCGUUUCUCCCGUCUCCUUCUAAUAGCGGAGUGCUCGGACUCGAAAUGCCAUUUUUGUCAGAGGAGACCCGGACGAGGACAGGAGGACGCUGACAUAUGAGGCUGUCCUCCACCUGCCCCAGUGUUCGGAGCCCAGGCGUUGUUGCUAGGAAACCUUUUGACAGCUGGAAGAUUUUGGAAAGUGACAGUCAAUGCAACAAAGAUGUCUACUUAUCUGGCUGAUGUGUGUUGCCACCGAGGAGACCACAGUCUUUAGACGCAUAGCACCUCCCUGCCACAAGAGUCCCUUCGUUCUGCGUGCAGGGGCAUGCCUUCUGAACCAGGCCUCAGCAGGGAGAUGCUGACAGGACAAAGACUCUGUCAGUCCAAGUCCCACCAGGACACCGUGCUGGCUGCCCUCAACCAGCAGAGGAAGGACGGCCUUCUGUGUGACGUCACGCUGGUGGCAGGGGACCAAAAGUUCCACGCCCACAAAGCCAUCUUGGCAGCAUGCAGCGAUUACUUCCGUGCCAUGUUCAGCUUGUGCAUGGUGGAGAGUGCGGCAGAUGAAGUUACUCUGCAAGGAGUAACCCGUGUUGGACUGAAGCACGCCUUGGACUUUGCCUACACUGGACAGAUUGUGCUGGAGCCAGCAGUGAUUCAGGAUGUUUUGUCUGCUGGCAGCCACCUUCAGCUGCUGGAGCUCCUCAGCAUCUGCUCUCACUACCUCAUCCAGGAACUGAGCGGCGUGAACUACUUGGAGUUGUAUCGCGUGGCCGACCUCUUCCACCUGCCUGCCUUAGAGGAGGCCGUGGUGGACUUUUUGGUGGGUCACCUCUCUGAGCUCAGCCGCAACCGGCAGGAGGAGGCCCUGCAGCUGCCUUAUCGCCUACUCAAGGAGGUGCUCAAGAGCGACCGCCUCACCUCGCUGAGUGAAGAAGAGAUAUGGAAGUUUGUUGUUCUGUGGUUGGAACACGACUGCCGCUACCAGUACACCGAGGAUCUUCUGCAACACGUCCGCUAUGGCCUGAUGGACGUCUCAACGCUACACCACCUGGCCUGUAGCCACCCGCUGGUCCAGUCCAGCCCCACCGUCGCCACCCUGGUAGAGGAAGCCCUGAACUACCACAGCGCCACCUUUCCACAGCCACUCCACCAGUCGGCCCGCACCAGACCUCGCUUCCAGUCCCUCACCCUCUACAUAGCCGGCGGUAGGAAGCGUGAGGUUUGCAGAGUCCAGGAGUUACGUUACUUCAAUCCGGCCGCACAGGAGCACGUACGUGUGGCGGGGGGUUCGAACUGGAGCGAGCUGGCGCCAAUGCCCACCGGGCGUAGCCACCAUUGUGUCUCCGUAAUGGGGAACUUCCUAUUUGUUGUGGGUGGGGAGAUGGAGCACGCCAGUGGGAGGACGUGUGCGGUAAGGACUGCGUGUCGAUACGACCCCAGGGCCAACCGAUGGACCGAGAUAGCCCCCAUGAAAGCCUGCAGAGAACAUUUUGUACUGGGAGCUUUGGGUCAGUACCUUUACGCUGUUGGCGGCAGGAACGAGCUGAGGCAGGUGCUUCCCUCAGUAGAGCGCUACUGUCCGAAGAAGAACAAGUGGAUGUAUGUGCAACCUUUUGACCGCUCACUCUCCUGUCAUGCUGGAUGUGUGGCGGAAAACCUACUCUGGGUCUCAGGUGGCGUGACAAACACAGCUCAGUACCAGAAUCGUCUGAUGGUGUACGAGCCCGAGCAGGACCAGUGGUUAGCCCGCAGUCCCAUGUUGCAGCGGCGGGUCUACCAUGUCAUGGCUGCGGUGAGAAGGAAGCUCUACGUCCUCGGUGGGAACGACCUGGACUACAAUAACGACCGGAUCUUGGUGCGACACAUCGACUCCUACAACCUGGAUGUGGACCAGUGGACACGGUGCUCCUUCAGCCUCCUCACAGGUCAGAACGAGUCUGGAGUAGCAGUCCAUGAUGACAGGAUCUACGUGGUUGGAGGAUACUCUAUUUGGACCAAUGAGCCUUUAGCGUGCAUUCAGGUGCUGGAUCUAAGCCGGGAGGGCAAAGAAGAAGUUUUCUAUGGGCCAACGUUACCAUUUGCCUCAAACGGGAUUGCAACAUGUUUCCUGCCGGCUCCAUAUUUCACAUGUCCCAACCUUCAGACUCUCCAAGUACCUCAUCACAGGAUUGGUGCCGUUUAACCACUGACGGUCACCACAAUGCAAACAUUAAAAGGGGAUGGAGGAAUAUUCCACGUGGACACUCAACGUUUGCAAAUUUGACGUUUUAACUUUAACUUGAUGACAGUAUUAACACUCCUAUUGAAACCUUCUGUUUUCCCAUAUUAUGGUGAAUAAUAACAUUAUGAAGGCAAGAAAAAAAAAUAAUUCCAAAGACACAAAACAGUAAAGACAGUCGUCCUUCGCCACAUCGCACUUCAAUUGUGGGUUCACUGUAUUGUUGAUUUUUGGAAAAAAAUAUAUACUACUUAUUUUUUGGCCUAUAUGUGUUGAAUUACAUUUUAUUUAUGUCAUAUGUUUUACAUUGCAGUAAUUGUCUUGUUUCCUAUUCUAAUGUUGUAGUGAUCGAUAAAAGAUAGUGACUUGUAGCAGCAAUGAUGUUUGGAAGAUUCUCCAGGCUACCUUUGAGUACUGUAAUCUACAGUAGGCCUCUACAAGACAAAAAAAAUGUAUGUGGAUUAUACAGUAAAAAAAUUGCAGUUCAGCCAAAUGUAGUGGUUUUACGCCAAAAUGACUCUAAAAGGAAAACAACUAUAUGACUUCUAUUUUUACAGUCAAAUUAAUUGCACGUUUUACUGUAAAAUGUAUUGAUUUUGCCGUGCAUUACUGUAAAUGUAAAAAAAAAUAGCAUUUAUUUUACAGUAAAAUUCUGGCAACUAAACUGUUUUUUCACCGUAAAAUCUACAGUCAUUUUUACAGUGCAUUCAUUUAAUUCAGUGUUUCUUAAAUUGUUAGGCCACCAAAAAAACAUCUUCUUCUCAGCUGUGGUACAUAAAGGCUUUACUUGUACUCAGCUGUAAUACACUUUUACACCACUUACGGCAGUAAUGACAAUAUCCAACAAACAAAAGAAGUCUGGAGCUUAAGUCAUAGAGAGGUUUCUUAAGCGUAUAAACUAUGACUAAAGUGGUGAAGUUGCAUAUUCAUUUGCACUUAAAUUUUAUUUACAGUUUAGUAAAGAAAAAUACAGUAUAUUAUUAUUUAUUAUUACUUUAGUUGCGAAUUAUUUAGUUUACCACUGCAUAAUUUUUGUAGUGGUAAAAUAUUUUUUCAUUAGUUUUUAUGAAUCCCUUCUUUUACAUUAUAUUUGAUUAGUAUUUAUUGUUGUUACAGCCUGACAUAAGACUUGAUAAUAAUAUUUGUGAGUAACACAUGGUUUCAUUUUAUUUGACAAGGUUUAACCUGUUUAACCCUAAGUAGGUCCGAUGUA